AUAAACACACCACACGCCAUUACCGCAUUCGCAUCGCAUUCGCGCAGCUGAUACGUUUCUUACACUUCUAGUCAAUUUCAACAGACUCCAUUAUUGAAAUCGGCCACAAUGACAACCUUUAUCCCGGCCCUGACCUUACCCCACCAGGUCUUCGAGAAUGCCGCCGCCUCGAUCCUGCUCCCGAUAGCUCUCGGGACGGCCGUGGGCUACUCUUCGCGACCCAGGGACACUAAGAAGACCUACGCCGCCAUCAAGAACCCCCCAGGCCGCCCUCCCGCCUGGGUCUUUGGCCCGGCAUGGACUCUCCUUUACGGAUUAAUGGGCUACUCCGCCUACCGCGCCCUCCAAACAGGCCUCUCCCCAACCUCCACCCUCUCCCAAAUCGCCGACACAAAACACGGCGCGACCCUCUACACAAUCCAACUCGGCCUCAACCUCAUCUGGAUGCCCCUCUUCUUCCUCAUGAAGCGCCCCAUCGCCGCCACCGUCGACAUCGUCGCCCUCCUCGGCAUAAACUCCUACCUCACCUACCUCUGGGGCUCAGUCGACGCCGUCGCCGGCGCCUGCCUCGUCCCUUACCUCGGCUGGCUCUCCUUUGCGACCUACCUCUGCGCCGGAGCGGGUUACCUCAAUGACUGGGACCUCAAGGGCGCCGAAGAGCGGUUCGAGGCCGAACAGGCCGCCAAGGCUGGAAAGAAGCAGUAGUGUUGCGAUUGUUACCGCUGUCGUGCGGGUGUUUGUGACACGUGCAAUGGUGUAGAGAAGGGAGAGGAGGAAGAGUGGACUUUGUGGGCGUAUCUGCGUGCUAUGGCGUUCUAGUUGGUAUUGGCUGGCCUGUUCCUUACGUUGAGCGUUUAUUAGGAAGAAAACUCGAUAUUCCAGGCUUAAACAAACAAAUGCUCGUUGUGUGAUUUGAGACCCGUUGAGCGUGAAGACUAUAUCAGACUGGUACUGAAGGACAAGGUACACGGAACGAGCAAAGACGAACU